AUGGACUACCUGACCCUAAAUCAGACCACACCACCUGGAUACUCGUACCUCGACACCCCUGCCCUGGAAGUCAUCGCAUCGCAGUCAUCUACAGCACAACCUCAAUCUUCGCCCCAUCUCCAUCCCUGCCACUACCACAUUCCAGCACCUGGUCUUCAGACUCUCUGGUUCACUAUCUCCCAGCCCCCCCCCCCCAAAACCUGUACUUCAUUCCUUUCAGACUUUACAGACUUUUACACACAGCUCUCCUCCAUCUCUCCCUCUGUUCUCUUCCUUGGAGAUUUCAACAUCCAUGUCGAUAAUCCACACUCCAAAUGCACAGCCGAUUUUCUGGACAUUUUAAACUGCCUAAACCUCAUGCAGCAUGUAAACUCUCCCACGCUCUCUCACGGUCAUAUUCUCGAUCUCAUCUGCUCCUCUGCCUCAUUAUCAGUCCAUAAUAUCCCACUCACAGGCCUCAACCUCUCCGACCACCAAGCCGUCACCAUCGAUAUCUACUGUAUCUACUGCUUUAUCCUCUUCCUCUCACCCCUUCCUGACUCCUGA